UGUUUAGUUUUUAGUUUGUAAUAAUUUUUGUUGUUCAAUUUGUAUUCAUUUUGUAUGAGUAGAUAUCAAAUUAAAUGUAAAUGUGUAAAUGUACGUAAAAUCAAGCAAUACUCUCGAUCAAUCAAAACAGCAGCCGACAAAAUUCCUCUCAUGGAUCGCAGCUUGGAUUCCAUUGGCAGCUGCUCACUAGAUGUUGAUGCCGAUUCAUCCGAUAUAUCAGAUACCAGCGGCAGCUUGAACUUUCCAACGCCCAUCUCGGUGAAGGACAUAACGCGUGAGUUUACGGCCAAUAUACGUGAGCGUUGCACGUUGCGCUCCCCGCUGCAGCCGCAGCCGCAGCGAACGAUAACCGCAAACACCGCCGCCUACGUCAAUCUGGACGGAACCAGGACGGGUGGAGUGCGUAUGGUGCUGUCACCGCCAGUUAACGACGACGACGAAUCAUCGGCAAAAAACAGUCUUGUUGUGGAUGCCGUUGAGAAGAAGCCGAGCUAUCUGAAUUUAGCCUGCUGCGUCAACGGCUACUCCAAUCUGACCACUUACGACUCCAAGAUACGCCAGGAUAUUAAUAAAUCGCGCGAAGUCUCGCCCAUACGGCCCUCAACCAGCAGUCUGCAGUAUUGCAAGCGCAGCAAUUCGCUGGCAGCGCCGGUGCUACACACGAUGCCAAUACAUACGAAGCAACCCAUCACGGCUGCCAGCAACACAGCCAACAAAUACACAACACUCAUCAACGAGGCCCACAACAAUAAUAAUAAUAAUCACAGCAAUGGCUUACUGGAGAAUGGCGAUCACUUGUAUAGCAAUGGUGGGGCUGGCGAUAAAUCGCAUAGCACCACAACGACCAGCAGCUUUAUUCAGCAGCGUGUCGAGCGUCUGUAUGGACCGGGCGCAUUAGCGCAGGGCUUUUACAGUCCCAAGAAGCAUAGCUCCAGUUUGUCCCCAGUGCCCAGGCAGAAGAAAACGCAAUAUCAACAGCAUGAACUCGAUGUGCCACCGCAGAGCACGGAGCUGUCGCGUAAAUUUAAACAGCUCUCGCCCAGCAAAGACUACGGUGAAUUCCGCAAGAAGUUGCAAAAUAAUUGCACGCAAACGGCGACGGCACGCUUGCAAUUGGAGACAUCAGCGGCGGCAACAACUGGCCACAAUGGUGAUGUGGAUUUGCCUGUAUUCAGACACUUGAGUCACGAGUUUCGCGCCCAGUUGCCGACGGUUUCGCCCAAACGCAGUGUGCCGCGCACAUCGCCGGCGCCCGAGGUGCCGCUGCCCGCCACGAAUGGCAUCAAAUUGCCAGAGUCGGCAACGACAACGACAAAUGUGGAUGUGGUGGAUCAUGAGCCAAUCAAGACGCCACAAGUGAACUCCGAGGAGUACAUCAGCUCCACCAAGAUUGAGCCGAUAAUGAAACCCACACCAGAAGUUGAAGAUGCUGUCCCUGUUGCUGUGGCACAGCCUGUGGCAGUGGAGAAGGAUGGUAACUAUUUUCUGAAAAUACUCAAGGACGAACAGGUUCGUCUUCUUGCGCUGGCCGCCGUAGCUGAGAAGUAUAUCGAUGCCUUGACUAACAAUCCCGAUAUCACAGAGGACACUUUUGGUCUACUCCGUUCCGCCUCGGGCAAGGCACGUCUGCUGGUCUCACAGAAAAUGAAACAAUUCGAGGGUCUGUGUCACAACAAUUUGAAUCGGUCUCCGGAAGAUGCGUUUCCGACCACAAUUGAUGAUUUGCAAGGCUUCUGGGAUAUGGUGUACUUGCAGGUGACGCAUGUGGAUUCGAUAUUCGCUGAUAUUGAGCAAUUAAAGAGCAACGAUUGGCACCGUGUUAUCGAGCCACCAAAGGCGGACACAGCGCCGCUUAAAUCGACAAAAACUCCAAAGACUGGCAAUCUAAAAACGAAAUCAACAAGCGGCUCUGGCGGCGGCAAUGCAGGAGGCGCAACUGGUAAUAGCUCGAAACCACCUGCAUCCAAUUCGGUGGCAGCUAUGAAGCGUGAGGCGCAACGCAAGCAAUUGAUGGAAAUGAAACGUCAGCGUCGUGAGGCUUUGGCCGCCGCUGCCGCAGCCGCUGCGGAUAACAAUAAAACAGCCUGUGAUGGUGAUGGUGAUGAUACUAAGGCUGAUGGUGUUGGUAAUGGAGUUGUUGUUGAUGUUGUUGGUAAUGGAAAUCCUAAUGCUGCUGAAGUGCAGGCAACAACAAUCGGUGAUACUGUUAACAUUGCCGUUAAGAACAGCAGCUGAAUCGUGCUGACUGCAUUUUGUUUGUCUGCAAUAAGCAAUACACACAUGCUCUCUAGUUAUAUAUUUAGAUUAACUCACUCACAGACACACCACAUAUAUACAAACAUACAUAACACACACUCACUCACUCACUCAUACACACUUCAACGAAAGAAACAAAAACAAAAAAGAGAACUUAGAAAUUUCUAGUUGAAUUAAUCCUUAACUAGUCCCAACUAAAAAAUAUAUAUAUAUUCACACGGUGUGGAGCUUUUAAUAUAUCGCAUAAUAAUUUAAUCCAAAAGUGUCACAAGGUGUCACCUAUUGUCACAACAAUAAAAAUAACAACAACAACUUCAACAACAUGAGAUCCAAAAACAACAAUUAACGGCCGCAGCAAGUUAGCAAGACUUUAAGCUCUUGCGUCCAUUGAUUAGACAUACGAUACAAAUACAAAACAAAUACAACCAAUCAACACAAAUUACAUAGUUAUCAUCGUUAACGGCUCGUUGUAAAUUGUUUAUAAAGUUUGCCUUAUCUACGUGUUUUUUGCUCGUUAAAUCAUUUUGCUGUGCACUCUAAACAACAUUAAUUUGUUUGUAAUUUUUUACACAUACUCACACAAACACAUACACAUAAUUUAUAAAAGACAUUUAUUUUUGUGUAAUUGUAAUAGCAAUUUAAGUACAACUAAUGCAAAACACCAAGAAAACAAAACAAAAACUAAACAAGACAAAACAAACGAAACUUUUGUAUUACAUAUUCAAAUUUUGUGAACGCAACGUAAAAGAAUCUAAAUUAUACAAAUAUAUUUUUUGGCAUAUUAGCUACAUGUAUUGAGAUUUAAUAAUUUGUAAGUUAUGAUGCAAGUAAAAGCAAAAAAAUGAUAAACAAAAAAACAAUCUCACUCUCUAUUAAUUUUUAAUGUUUUGUAAUAAAUUAUUUUUCACCUA